AUGCUCACGAGCGGACGACCAGCCAAACGCUCGGUCAAUAAACUGUUCCCGGUGGCACCCACGAUCAGCUCGUUCCGCUUCCUCGCCUCUCCAGAGCCCGGAGUCCGGAAUUAUGCAGCUGUGAGCUCCACCAACAACAACCGCGGGGAUGACUGGCCAUCCAAUGCCCUCCCAACCCCUUACCAAAUCUUCAACUGCGAGAAAGGUACCCCGUACUCAAAAGCCCGCUUCUACGAACUGGUAAAGCUCUACCACCCAGAUCACUUUCAGCAACGCCGCAAUGAAGGCCCAGACAUAUCGGAGCCCAUCCGACUGGAACGCUUCCGCCUAAUUGUCGCUGCAAACGCCAUCCUCUCCGACCCAGUUAAGAGGGCGAACUACGACCACAGCGGCGCCGGCUGGAGUCUCGCCCCGGUAUGGGGGGCCAUCCGCGCCAACGCCAACCAGCGAAAAUGGUGGACGGAACGGGAAGGCCACGGCAGCUUCGCCAGGCAGCACUACGGAAAGGGGGGGCCCAACGACCCCGCCCAGAACGCAACAUGGGAAGACUGGGAACGUUGGUACCGGCGUCGGGCGCACUCUGGAGCUAGUGAGGGAGGCGAGAACCAAGGCCCAUUGUACACCUCCAACGGAGCGUUCGUUACGGUAGUAUUCAUACUCGCGUCUGCUGGCGUGCUGAUGAACAUCUCGCGGGCGACCAUGAGUGGGCAUAGUUUUCUGGAGCAGAGGGAGAUUAGGCAUGCGGAGAUUUGUCGCGAGUGGACGAGGAGGAAGAGGGAGGUUGCGGUCUUGGGGUCGAAAGAGGAAAGGGUGCAAGCGUUUUUGAAGAAUAGGGGGCCGGUUGGGUAUGGGAUCGCCGACCCGGAGGGGGGAGAGGGUGAGGAGUCUGGAGCAGUAUAGGGGUGGAGGAGAGGUUAGUGGGAGAAGGUAGAUGUACAGUACUGUACGAGUGCAUACGGUACAUAUAUGGGGGUUUAAUUUGGGCCGGAUUACACGUGACUCUUUUGGGCUUGGUGGUUAGGCUGGUUCUACAGCACAGUAGGCUGUUGUCUUUUGGCGUUCCGGGGUUUCCUGUCUUUCCUCUUGCUUUCCCUACGAGUAGUCUAUGAUACCUUCCCUUCGAGAAGGUGAGUGUGAGGGAGGCGCGCUGCCGCACCGGUACUGUACGUUAGCGCAGCACGGUAUCAUACAUUCAUUUCCAUAGCAAACCCAUGAUACUGCUCCAGUACUGUGCCGUAGUGGUGUGGUGCUUGAGAUGAUUGGCAAAUAGCUUGCACCAAAAAUGUAGCACAAGUAAUACAAAACUGCGAUCCGGGGUUCGAUCAGGGG